UUAUUCCACCAGCUCAGCUCUCCCACCAUCCCACGUACACCACAGACCACACACAUCGUCACGUACACGUUCAUUUGAGGUUUCUUGUCAUGGAGGGGAAGCGGCCGCCGUGUCAUCGUCGCCGGCGGCGGAGGUCGGCGGAGAGGGCGGUGGGCAGGAAGGUGCGGGAGCUGCGGCGGCUGGUGCCGGGCGGCGCGGCGGUGCCAGCCGACCGGCUGCUCCUCCGCACCGCCGACUACAUCGUGCGGCUCCGGGCGAGGGUCGAGCUCCUCAGGGCUCUCUCCGAGCUGAUCCCCGUGACGACCCAUGGCGGCGGCCAUGCCGACGGUGAAGACGACGCCCCUCUAGCUAGCUAGCUCAGCUAGAUGCCAACGAAUGCGCGCGUACGUGUGCGUGGUACAUGUUUUUACUUUUUUUUAAGAAAUAGGUGUUACAUGUACUUACGUUCGGCCUAUACGCGCGUAUGCCUGUCAUGUAUAGAUCGAUCUAAGUUUUGUACUAUACGGGUACAUGGUUUAUAGAUUGCCUAGCUUAUAAGCAAUAAUUAUGCAGUGCCUUACGGAUAUCUCAUGUGCAUGUUUCUAUAUGUAUAUGUAUAAGCUAUAAGCAAUUUUGUUUCCUCUCUUUUUUUUAAAAAAAAUAUUUUUUGGCGAUUA